CGGGUGUGCGGCCCGGUGGUGCUGGCAGUGCUGCUCCCGGCCCGGCCCGGCCCGAGGCGCCGCCGGGAUGAUCAACGCCAUCCUCGUGUUCAACAACCACGGCAAGCCGCGGCUCGUCCGCUUCUACCAGCACCUGGCAGAGGAGGUGCAGCAGCAGAUCAUCCGUGACACCUUCCACCUGGUGCUGAAGCGCGAUGACCACAUCUGCAACUUCCUGGAGUGCGGCAGCCUGUUCGGCGGCUCGGAUUACAAGCUCAUCUACCGGCACUACGCCACGCUGUACUUCGUGUUCUGCGUGGACUCCUCGGAGAGCGAACUGGGCAUCCUGGACCUCAUCCAGGUGUUUGUGGAGACGCUGGACAAGUGCUUUGAGAAUGUCUGCGAACUGGACCUCAUCUUCCACAUGGACAAGGUCCACCACAUCCUGCAGGAGAUGGUGAUCGGUGGGAUGGUGCUGGAGACCAACAUGAACGAGAUCGUGGCACAGGUGGAGGCCCAGGGCAAGCUGGAGAAGGCAGAGGGAGGUCUCUCAGCUGCUCCUUCCCGUGCUGUGUCGGCCGUGAAGAACAUCAACCUGCCCGAGAUCCCCCGCAACAUCAACAUCGGCGACAUCAACAUCAAAGUGCCCAACCUGUCACAGUUCAUGUGAGCAGCCCGUGCUGGGGGCUGCCUGCUGAGCAGAGCUGGGGUCCCUGGCUCCUCCCGGGGCUCUGCUCAUGUGGCAUACAGGGGCUGAUGGUGGCUGAGGGCAGGGAGCAGUGGCAGGGCUCAGAGAAUGGGCUGGGGGGUCCCUCCCGCUGGCCCUGGGCUCAGUUCUGCUCUCUGGUCCCCCAACAAGGAGGGUGCCCUUCCUUCCCCCUGUCCCUGCAGAUGUGCAGCCUCUCCUUGCUGGGAGGAAGAGUUGGCUUGGGGAAGGGUUGCCUCUCCUGGGAUUCUUGGGAUUCCCAGUGGUGAAAGUGUGCCUGUAGCGCUGGCUCUGUCAUCCUCCCAGCCAUGGCUGUCCUCUGCUCUCUGUGAUGGGCCCUGGCUGGGUGGGGGUCACUCAUGGGGGCUGCUGUGUGUCCUGGGGACAGUGUGAGGGGACAUGCUGGAGCGGGGAUGUGGUAGCAGGAGGAAUGGGAGCUGAGUGACCUGGGGGACGGGCAGGGUCAGGCCAGGCUGGGGCUGCUGGAGUGUGUCCCUGUGUGCCAAUAAACUGCCCUUGAACCCGUG